AUGGCACGUGCAGCAGCAGCGCAGACCGUCGUGAGCCAUGCAGAGGCGCUGCUAGACCUCGCUAACGUGCUGCAUACCGCCAGCGGCACCGCCCACAGCCGCAGCGAUGUUGACAGCGGCGGCUCUCAAGGCAGCACAUGCAGUGCCACGGCCCACGGCGCGGACGGCGCGGACGGCGGCCCCGGCGCGGCUCGCGCGGCCGAGGCGGCGUCGCGCGAGGUCGAGCGGUGGCAGGGGCAGCUGGCCGUGCUGCAGGAGCAGCUGCACGCCGGCGCCGGCAGCGGCGACGGCGGCGGGGGCGCGACUGACAGCGGGCAGUCGCCGUCCUCCGGCUUGGGCGAGGGCGACGGCCAUCAGGCGCCGCCUCCUCCUCUUGCGCCCGCUGGGACGUCGCGCGACGUCCACUGGUGGCCGGCCGACAUCCCGGUGAUGCGUGGCAGCCAUAGCCUGACGCUGGAGGGGUUCAGGGGCGCGGCGCUGGACGCGCUGCGCCACUUUGGCUGCCUUCUCCC